CGCAAUGAAGUGUCAUUGGUCAAAGCCAUCUUUGCCCUGCGUCUUUGAGCUCCACCCUCAAUCUUCUUCUCUCAUUUUCAUCACUGUUCGCGCCUCCUCCCAGCCGCCCUUUCAUCCAAAUCGCAGAGAUUCAUCCAUUAAGUUGAAAACUGAAAACCAUGGCUGGUCCUAAGCCUGGUAGCUCUGCUACUAAUAAAAAAGCUGGUGGCAAAAAGAAAGAGGUGAAGAAAGAGACUGGUUUAGGUCUCACCAAUAAGAAAGAUGAUAACUUUGGAGAGUGGUAUUCUGAGGUGGUUGUGAGUGGAGAAAUGAUCGAGUAUUAUGAUAUCUCUGGCUGCUAUAUACUAAGGCCGUGGGCAAUAUCUAUUUGGGAGACUAUGCAAGUAUUUUUUGAUGCAGAAAUUAAGCAAAUGAAAAUCAAGAACUGUUAUUUUCCACUUUUUGUAUCUCCUGGCGUUUUACAAAGAGAGAAAGAUCAUAUUGAAGGUUUUGCUCCUGAGGUUGCUUGGGUGACAAAAUCUGGGGAGUCUGACUUGGAAGUGCCCAUUGCGAUUCGCCCUACAAGUGAGACUGUUAUGUAUCCAUACUAUUCUAAGUGGAUCAGGGGCCACCGUGACUUGCCUUUGAAACUUAACCAGUGGUGCAAUGUUGUGAGAUGGGAGUUCAGCCAUCCCACACCAUUUAUUAGGAGUCGUGAGUUCCUUUGGCAGGAAGGGCAUACUGCUUUUGCUACUAAGGAUGAAGCAGAUACAGAGGUUCUUGAGAUAUUGGAAUUGUAUAGAAGGAUAUAUGAAGAAUACUUGGCGAUUCCUGUUAUCAAGGGCAAGAAGAGUGAGAUGGAGAAGUUUGCUGGCGGUCUUUACACCACAAGUGUUGAGGCAUUUAUCCCAAACACUGGCCGUGGUAUUCAGGGUGCUACUUCACAUUGUUUGGGUCAAAAUUUUGCAAAAAUGUUUGAAAUCAAUUUCGAAAACGAAAAGGGGGAGAAAGCUAUGGUCUGGCAAAAUUCUUGGGCCUAUAGUACUAGAACGAUUGGUGUGAUGGUUAUGGUUCAUGGGGAUGACAAAGGAUUGGUGCUGCCUCCUAAAGUUGCGUCGGUUCAAGUUAUUAUAGUCCCUGUACCUUACAAAGAUGCAGACACUCAAGGAAUUUUUGAUGCUUGUUCUGCCACUUUGGAUACAUUGACAGCAGCAGGGAUUCGUGCGGAGGUAGACUCUAGGGAUAACUAUUCUCCUGGAUGGAAGUACUCUCACUGGGAAAUGAAAGGUGUUCCACUCAGGAUUGAAAUAGGACCUAAGGACUUGGCAAACAAUCAGGUGCGUGCUGUUCGCCGUGAUAAUUCGGGAAAAAAAGACAUACCUAGGGAUUCAUUGGUAGAACAAGUGAAAGAAUUGCUAGAAAGUAUUCAACAAAGUCUGUUUGAUGCAGCAAAAGUAAAACGAGAUACAUGCAUUCAAGUUAUUAAUACAUGGGAGGAGUUUACUGAAGCCCUCGGUCAGAAGAAAAUGAUAUUGGCUCCAUGGUGUGAUGAAGAGGAGGUUGAGAAGGAUGUGAAAACAAGGACAAAGGGUGAGAUGGGAGCAGCUAAAACCUUAUGUUCCCCAUUCGACCAGCCUGCACUUCCAGAAGGUACCAAAUGCUUUGCUUCUGGAAAACCUGCAAAGAAAUGGAGCUAUUGGGGCCGAAGCUACUAAGCUAUCAGCUUGUGUUUAUCUCCCUAUGUUGCGAUUGGAUACAUCGAGAAGUCAGCAUUUGGGAGUUAGUGAAUAGAGGGGCAUUCGAUUCAGUUAAUUCUGAGUUCAUCAGUACUUCCAAUAGGAGGCUCUCUUACACGAUGAAGAAAAAAGCAUUCAGUUAGCAAGAGUUAACUAUAAAACACUUUACUUUGGUUGCAUUGAAAAUUUCUGGGUUUUGCUUUACAUACUUUUUUGUUCUCAAGUAUAUUUCACUGGAAUCAUUUAAUGACAGAUUUUUGCUGUAAUGAUAAACGAUAAUAGUGAGAUUCAAAUUAUUGUUAUAGAUAUUUGAAGGUAAGGGCAUGUUCUGUUUAAAUGGAUAGUUGGAAUUUGUUGGCUUGAAUAAUUCAAGCAAGUAAA